AUGAACGUCGCUGUGAGUUGUGAUUUUGUCUUGACGCAUAUGUUGCUUUCUCGUUUGGAUCCGGAGACAUCCCGCGCUUUCGAAAGAGAACAUGGAUCGACCGCCAUACCGGAAUAUAACACCUUAUUUCAAUUUUUAGAAGAAUACUGCAACGGAUUGAUCAACUCAAAUACUACCGUUUAUGCUAAGAGUUCGCCUAACAAAUAUAUGUCUAAUUCAGAUUGUAGAAAGAGAAACUCUUUCAUCACCCAAACUAAAUCGAAAAAUCCCAAGUGUGCCCUAUGUCAGUCGGAUCAUCCCACUUACACUUGCGUAAAAUAUUUGGAAAAAGCGCCAAGAGAACGACAUAUAUUUUGUAGAAAUCACCAUUUAUGCUUUGGUUGUCUCAGUAGCCUCCAUAACCUUAAAAGUUGUAAAUCUACGUCCGCUUGUAAAAAAUGUAACAGUAAAAAUCAUCACACUACAUUGCAUUUUGACCGUGAACAUGACCGAACCGACGCCACUGCUAGUGCUUACGCCAACGGCCGGAACCUAGAAAGUCCGAGUGAUCAAGAUACUCCCUCGAUGGAAACGCAACGCUCGCUGGUACUGUGCUCGGCUGCGUCCCCGGUCUCGCGAUCGCAAGUAUUGCUUUGUACUGCUUUAGUCGAAAUUAAAACAGGAAAAGGAAAUUUCAAACAAUUUCGCGCUGUUUUGGACUCUGGAUCUGAAAUUUCAAUUGUUUCUCAGAGAUGUUUUUCCGCUCUGAACAUUCGUAGUUCUCCAUGCAGCACAGUUAUCAAUGGAAUCGGAAACGAAUCGCAUUUACAAAACAUAGGUGAAGUUGAACUCUCUAUCAGAUCCAUCGGAUCGGAUGAUCCUUUGUUUGUCAUAAACGCCAACGUUCUUCCUAAAAUAUGCGGAAAACUUCCUUCGAGUAAAAUUACUACACAGUCUUGGCAUUAUUUGGAUAAGUUGAAGUUGGCCGAUCCUAAGUAUUAUUGUCCGGGAGAUAUUGACGUCCUUUUAGGUGCGGACGUAUUUUCGAAAAUUUUACUAAACAAUCACAUUCAGGGUCAAAACGGGGGUCCAGACGCGCUACAUACGGUAUUCGGGUACGUUUUAAUUGGAAAGAUAAAUACUGCUUCAACGAAUUCGGUUCAUACACUAUUUUGUGGAAGUCAUUGUGAUAUGAAUGCGUCAAUGAAAAGUUUUUUUGAUUUAGAGUCUGUACCGGAAUUCGAUAACGGUACAGAGACGGAUGUUUGUGAAGUAAUCUUCCGCGAGAACUAUUACAGAAAUGAAGAAGGGCGUUACGUGGUACCCCUUCCAUUCAAGGAAACAUCCCCGUUAUUUCCGGGAAGUAGAGAUUUAGCUGUGCAGCGUUUUUUGUCACUUGAAAGCCGUUUAUUGAAAAAUCCAAGUUUAUACAAGGAAUACUGUUCGGUGAUGAGAGAGUACUUAUAG